AUGUCUCUGCUCACCAAUUAUGAAGGGUUGCGGCAUCAGAUCGAAAGGCUAGUGCGGGAAAAUGAGGAGCUGAAGAAGCUGGUCCGUCUCAUCCGCGAGAACCACGAGCUCAAGUCGGCCAUCAGGACCCAGGCGGGUGGCCUGGCCAUCAGCGGGCUUGGAGAGGCAGCCACUGGCCCAGCACCACGCCAGGGUGUCUUUCUGCCCCCACCAACAGCAGCCAACCAGCCGGGCCUGGAAGAUGGGGGGAUGGUAACCCUGGCGCCCCUGGCCGACAUGCUGAGCAGCCCACAGCCAAGCCCCGUCACGGGCUCCAUCAUGAACCCCCUGACGGGCCAGCUCAACACACUGCUGUCUGGCUCCAUGCCCAUGUCCCAGAGCCACCAGCUUGGCAGCCUCCUGGCUGGCCCAGUGGGAGUGCCCCCAGCCAGCACGCUGACCAGCUCCCUGGGUGCGCCUUGUACCGGCCCCCUGACUCCAGGCAGCCCCCUGACAGUGCCCCCAGCAGGCACACUGGCCAGCUCCCUCGGCCUGCCUUCCACCGGCCCCCUGAGCAGCCCUCUGACUGGCCCCCUGACUCCAAACAGCCCCAUGGUGGUAGCCCCAAUGGGCACACUCACCAGCUCCCUGGGCACAAUUUCCACUGGUCCCCUGACCGGCCCCCUGACUCCAAGCAGCCCCAUGACGGUGCCCCCAGCGGGCACACUGGCCAGCUCCCUGGGCCCGCUUUCCACUGGCCCCCUGAAUCCAAGCAGCCCCAUGACGGUGCCCCCGGCGGGCACACUGGCCAGCUCCCUGGGCCCGCUUUCCACUGGCCCCCUGACUCCAAGCAGCCCCCUGCAGGCCCCUGCGACAGCGCCUCUGGCUGUACCUCAGAACCUGCUGACCAAUCCCGUGGGCAACCUGGUGUUGUCAGAGACCACAAGGGUACGGCUGUCAGAGGCUACACGCAGGUGCUCCUCCGGGCCCCAGCCCCCAGCCGGCUCGGGGCCUGCGGCCCCCUCCAAAGUCCACGACGCCCGGGCAUCUCGCGCCUCAGAAACAUCCCGGAAAAGCACCCUGGAGCUGGACCGGAAGCUGGCCCACCGCAAGACCAGCAAGUUCCCCGACAGCCCCCGAGAGUCCAAGCAGCCGGCCUGGGAGCGGCUGGUGGGGGAGGUGGCCUUCCAGCUGGACCGCAGGAUCUUGUCCAGCAUCUUCCCGGAGCGUGUGCGCCUCUACGGCUUCACCGUCUCCAACAUUCCUGAGAAGAUCAUCCAGGCCUCCAUGAACCCCAACGACCACAAGCUGGAUGAGGACAUGUGUCAGACGCUCACACAGCGCUACGUGAGCGUCAUGAACCGGCUGCAAAGCCUGGGCUACAACGGGCGGGUGCACCCGGCGCUGACAGAACAGCUGGUGAAUGCCUACGGCAUCCUGCGCGAGCGGCCUGAGCUGGCCGCCUCGGAGGGCAGCGCCUACACGGUGGACUUCCUGCAGCGCGUGCUGGUGGAGACCGUGCACCCCAACAUGCUUACCGACGCACUGCUACUGCUCUCCUGCCUCAGCCAGCUGGCUCAUGACGACGGCAAACCCAUGUUCAUCUGGUGA